AUGUGUGAUAACAGACUUGGGUGCUUUACAAAUGAUCCCCCUUGGGGUGGAACAUUGCAACGGCCUGCGCUCAACCUCCCAGAACCUCCAGAAGUUGUUAAUACUACUUUUCUCUUGCACACUAGGGAAAACCCUACAUAUUUCCAAGUAAUAUCAGCUAUCUAUCCUUCAACAAUUAGAAUUUCAAAUUUCAGAACAAACCGGAUAACACGUUUCAUUAUACAUGGCCAUUUUGCUGCUGAUGACUAUCUUAAGAUAGUAGAGAUAUGCAAGCUCCUUCUUCUUAAGGAAGAUAUAAACUGCAUUGUGGUAAAGUGGAAAGAUGGUUCUGAUAAGUUGUAUAUAAAUGCAGUGCAAAACAUCCGUAUUGUUGGAGCUGAGCUGGCUUAUUUGUUGGAUUAUUUUGAGAAAAACUGUGGAUACUCCCCUUCCAAUGUGCAUAUUAUUGGGCAUAGUCUUGGGGCUCAUGCUGGAGGGGAAGCUGGAAGAAGGAAACGGGGCCUCACCAGAAUAACAGGUUUGGAUCCAGCUGGGCCUUUAUUCCAUAACACACCUCCUGAAGUCAGACUAGAUCCAUCAGAUGCAACAUUUGUUGAUGUAAUUCACACCAAUGCUGGCCAUCUGUUUUUUGAUUUUGCCCGUGGAAUCAUUGAACCCUGUGGCCAUCUUGAUUUUUAUCCAAAUGGGGGAGAGAGAAUGCCAGGCUGCAAAAAGUUUCCCCAGUCAUCUAAGUUGUGCAAUAUCAGUGGAGCUAUGAGAGAUAAAACAAAAGAGGUGCACCAAGUGUAUUAUUUAAACACAGGUGCCUUCUCACCAUUUGCUCGCUGGAGGAUACAUGUGUCUGUGAAACUGAUUGGAACACCAACAUUGAGAGGAAAUAUAACUUUAGCCUUCACUGGAAAUAACAAUGUCAGAAGGCAGUACCCAGUUGCCAGGUAUGCCAGUACAGAAAUUUGA